AGAGAGAGGAGAGGGGCGAGAGAGAAAAAUGAGAUGUCGAGCGGUUUUUAGGGUUUCUCAGAGCAGGAACAGAGCGCCACUGCUGCUCCAGCCUCAAGCUUCGCGUUUGUAUUCUCAGCUUCAAUCCAAGCACGAACGCGAAGAAAUUGUAGGAAAAAGAAAGAAAUCGUAAUCAUGGACCAAAUUUUGAUUCUGUUCACAAUAAAAGCAUCGGAAUGACGCAAGAAGUUGACUGCUACGAGUCUCGACUACUGCUCUCCGCAAGCUUUGAGAAGACUGUAUGGAGAAUCUGGUACUCUACAGUCUACAACCUAUGCAUCUCUCUCUCUCUGAGUGCUCUGAAGGUGCCUUUUAUUUUCUUGACGAAUGGAGGUGGCAUCCCUGAAUCCAAACGUGCCAUUGAGCUAAGUGAUCUUUUGGGAGUAUACAUUUUACCUUCUCAGGUUGUACAGGGUCACUCAUCUUUUAAAACUUUGUUGAAGAGAUACGAGAAUGAACUCAUCAUUGCCACCGGGAAAGGGGAACCUGCUCUUGUAAUGUCUGAAUAUGGUUUCAAAAAGGUCCUUUCAUUAGAUGAGUAUGCUUCCUACUUUGAGAAUAUUGAUCCUGUUUCUCAAUAUAAGAUGUGGACAACUAAGUGGGAGUCGAGUAAGGGUAGUUGCCCCAAGAACUUGGUUCCAAAUUUCAACAUCACCUCUGACAGAGUUAAGGCAGCUUUUGUCGUCAGCGAUCCAGUAGAUUGGGGCAGGGACAUUCAGGUUCUCUGUGACAUUUUAAGCUCUGGAGGCGUUCCUGGAAAUGAGAAUGGACAGCAACCACCUUUGUAUUUUGCUGCUGAUGAUCUUGAAUAUCAGGCAGCAUUUCCAUCUGAACGCCUUGGAAUGGGUGCUUUCAGAAUUGCACUAGAAAGUGUCUUCAACAGAAUUCACUGUAAUGCUCUGGACUGCGUUAUAUUUGGGAAACCAAAUCCGUUUGUAUUCAAGAACGCAGACGCCAUACUGAGACAGCUUCGCUCAUCAUGUGAUGAUAAUUACAUAAAUAAUGGAAACAAUGGAUCACACCCUUUCAAGACGCUUUAUAUGAUUGGCGACAACCCGUUAGUUGAUAUCAAGGGUGCACAACAGGCAGGACAUCCUUGGUUUUCAAUUUUGACGAGGACAGGUGUUUUCAGGGGAAAAGAUAAUCAUGCAGAAUUUCCGGCUGAUCUGGUCGUUGAUACUGUUGAAGAGGCGGUUGACAAUAUUUUGAAAAAGAAGAGUACGUCUUAGGACGUACGCCAUUUUUAAAAUGGAAUCCAUUUUUCGUGCUCUCUUGACCAAGACCAUUAUAUGGCAGGUAAAAAGAUGAUUAAAGCCAGAAAACGAAGGCUUCUCUCUUUAGCAAGUUAAUUUUUUAAAUCCCUCGGACGUUUUUGUUAGAUAGAGGAUGGAAAGUGCAAUUGUGUUUCUCGUAAUUUCAGUUUUUUACCAUU